GAUUUCAUUGACAUUGAAAUGCAACCAGCUGACUCACUUCUGAGAAAAGGGCACUCAACUGGCUAUGUUGUGUGCAUUUCAGCUAUCUUCGGGGUGGUACUGACACGACGAGGGGGAAAUGGGCACUAAGGAUGAUGACGUUUGGAAAAAUCUUAUCGAUGUCCUCAGACCCAGGUUGCUCAAACUUAUCCAGGUUGAGCCUGUUCUGGAUUACCUAGACUUCAUAGACGUAGAGCAAAAAGAACUAAUCAAAAACAAAGCAAAGACAGAGAGCAACAUCCGGGCUGUUGACCUACUCAUUGAAACGCUCAUCAAAAACCAGUACCCGGCUGGCUGGUUCAGGUCCUUCGUGGUUGCCCUGUCGGAAGCAGGUUGUCAACAUGCUGCGAGUUAUGUGGAGGGUCGCCCUCCAAGCCCCUCAUCGGAGGCAGAGAAUGACUACUGCGUCCGACUUAUUCAAGUUCUCCUACCCACACUUUUGGAAAUGAAGACUAAUGAUGUGUCCCGUAGGUGUUUUGAAUUAGACAUUCUCAACCAGGAGGACCUCGAAGUUAUUUCAGGUAAAACCCCAAAAGAAGGAGCUCGUGAACUGCUGCGAAGGGUGGUAAGAUGUCCUCCUGGCUGGUUCUCCACAUUCCUGCAGGCCUUGCGAGACACGGAGCACAUUCCCCUAUACAGGGAGCUGACUGGAGGAAACCCCGGGGAUGAGGGGAAUGAGCCAGGUGAGGACGGGGAGCCUGGCAGCCUGGUCUCUGCAGACGGGGCUCCAGGGGAAGCAGCCACCCAGGGCCAAGCAGCCCAAAGGCCUGGAGCCUCGGAGGAUGAGACCCUGGACAGCAGCGACAUAUCAGGGAUGAGCAUGGAUGAGUCCUUAGACACUACAGAUCUUUACCAAGAACAGGAAGAGAAAAGUAGUGACAGCUUGGAUGUCUCACUCUCAGACGGCAGCGACGCCGCAAGUUCUGCUGGAAGCCCCAAGAAAGCUGACAUCAUCCUUCGAGAUUAUCAGAUGGAGGUUGCGCGACCUGCCUUGGAGGGGAAAAACAUAAUUGUGUGCCUGCCGACAGGAAGUGGCAAAACCCGAGUUGCAGUGUAUAUUACUAAACAACAUCUGGACGGCAGGAGGAGCGAGGGGCUGCCAGGGAAAGUGGUGGUCCUGGUUAACAAGGUGCCCUUGGUUGAGCAGCAUUACUCCACGGAGUUCUGGAAGUUUCUGAAACACCAGUACAAAGUGGAGAAAGUCAGUGGAGACUCCCAGCUCAAAAUCUCCUUCACUCAGAUAGUCCAGAAGAACGAUAUCAUAAUCUGCACUGCCCAGAUCCUGGAGAACUACUUGGAGAGGGCUAAUGAUGGCGACGAUGACGGGAUUCAGUUAUCAGAUUUGACCCUCAUUGUAAUUGAUGAGUGUCACCACACACAGAAGGGAGCUGUCUACAACAAGAUCAUGAUCCGCUACCUGAAACAGAAGAAGAAGAACGCUUCCUUGAAGAAGUUAGCGAAGAAGACUGUUCCCAUUCCUCAGAUCCUGGGCCUCACCGCCUCACCUGGUGUUGGAGGGGCCAAGAAAAUGGCGAAAGCUGAGGAGCACAUUUUACGAAUCUGUGCAAACCUGGAUGCUUCAGAGAUCUUGACUAAGAAUGAGAGUCUUGGACUCAACAAGAAGGAACCACAUAAGAGGAUUGCUACGGCUGAAGAGAGGAAUGAGGAUCCCUUUGGGGAUGUAAUCAAGGGCAUCAUGAAUGACAUCCAUGGCCACGGUGUGCUGUCUCCCUCCUGCGACCUGGGCACCCAGAACUACGAGCAGUGGGUGGUUCUGAUGGAGCAAAAUGCUGCAAAAGAGGAGAACCAGCAGGUGCGUGUUUGCGCGGAGCACCUCCGCAGGUACAAUGAGGCGUUGCACCUGAGCAACACCAUCCGCAUGAAAGACGCCUUCAGCUUCCUGCACAAGUUCUACAAAGAGGAGAAGAAGAAGAAAAUGGCUCCGGAGGAGGACACGCCCAUAAAGAUAACUGAAACGGAGAUGUUCCUCUUCGAUCUCUUUAAAGAAAAGAAGGCACAACUGCAGGAGUUGACCAAGCAUCCGGAGUAUGAGAAUAACAUCUUGUCUCAGCUGAGAACCACCGUUCUUCAGGAGUUCACGAGCAGAAUGGAAGCGCGAGGGAUCAUUUUUACCAAAACCCGUCACAGUGCCAUAGCUUUAAGCCAGUGGGUUCAGGACAACCCAAAGUUUGCCGAGGUGGGAGUGAAAGCAUGCUAUGUGAUAGGAGCGGGAGACCAGAGUGAAGUCAAACCAAUGACCCUUGCAGAGCAAAGGGAUGCGUUGAAAAAGUUCCGGAACGGAGAAGUGAACUUGCUGAUCGCCACCACCGUGGCGGAGGAGGGUCUGGACAUAGCAGAGUGCAACUUCGUCAUCCGAUAUGCCCUCGUGACCAAUGAGAUAGCCAUGAUCCAGGCUCGGGGCCGAGGCAGAGCGGAGGACAGCAGCUACAUCCUGGUGGAGGAGCAGGGCUCAGGAGUGGCUGAACGGGAGCAUGUCAACGAGUACCGCGAGAGCAUGAUGAGCAAGGCCAUCGAGAAAGUGAAGAAGCUUGAUCCAGCGGCGUAUGAGAAAAGGAUUCUAGAGUAUCAGCUCCAGGCUAUUAUGGAGGACAGAGUGAAGAAGACCAAGAAGAAUCAGAAAGCUAUGAUGAUGGAGAGUCCAUCCAAAGUGAUGUUCAACUGUAAACGCUGCAGCAAAACAGUCUGCUCUGGUGAAGACAUUCAGAUCAUUGAAAGUAUGCACAGAGUCAACGUUUCUGCACAGUUUGGUGAACUUUUUAUCAAAAGAGAAAACACGUCCCUUCGGGAGAGGAUGCUGGACUAUGAGACCAAUCUGGUCAUAGCUUGCAAGGACUGUGGGCAGGAGUGGGGUUCCAUGAUGCUGUUCCGUGGGAUUGACUGUCCCUGUCUUCACAUCAAACACUUCGUAGUGACCUUCGAUGGAAGGAACAAGACCUACACCAAGUGGAGUGAACUCACCGUCAAGUUCCCUGCCUUUGAUUACGCUGAGCAUGCCAGUCUAGUGGCUCACAGCUCUGAGGAGGAUGAAGACAGCAUGUAGGGGCACAGGGAUUGGAAUAACGUUGCUGUCGUCUUGGUAGUGUUUGCAUGUUACGGUAUGUGUGUCAGAAGUCAGAUGGCUGAGCGGUUAGAGAAUCGGGCUAGUAAUCAGAAGGUUGCCGGGUUCGAUUCCCGGCCGUGCAAAAUGACGUUGUGUCCUUGGGCAAGGCACUUCACCCUACUUGCCUCGGGGGAAUGUCCCUGUACUUACUGUAAGUCGCUCUGGAUAUGUGUCUUUUUUAAUUUGCGGUCCAAUCGAAGCAAUCGAUUUGAUUGCUAUCGAGUUAUGACCGCAGUGAGCACUUUUGUCUUUCUCUCUUUAAACUUCUCAUCAGUUUGAAAAAUUGAUUUUGUUUACACAGUGAAGAGAAUGUAGAUGGGGUAUGGGUCAGAAAUAACAAGUGAUCAUCAGCCAAACGUGUGUUGAAUCAGUGUGAAAGCCCAGCGAAGGGUCCCUUCCCAACCCGUACGAACAACGUCAAUCAGAAGCAGCAAAGUUAGCUACUUAACAACAUGAAUGAAUCACGGAUCGGAAACUGAAUUAUGAAUCACGGGUUAAGUGACACACUUCCUCUGCCACUGUCUGUUCUCUGGGGGCCGUGCUCUGCCCCCCCCCCCCCCCGACAGCACACCUGGCAGCCCACAUGCUUGGAUGAGAUCUGACAGACAGGUGGGGGGAUGGUUUUACCAUUAUACACGGCUGCUUAAGAACAGUCUCACAGUGCUCCUGAGCAGGUAGGGGGAAGUCACGCACACACACGCACACGCACGCACACACACACAGACACACGCACACACACAAACCUGUUAAUCUAGACAAGAUAGUUCAAGACAUAUAGGUUGAGGGAAUGCCAGCCAGGGAUACAUGCGGCCACAUACAGCGUGUUUGCUGCAGAUAAGAUUUUGGAUCAAAUUUAUUAUUAAAAUAUAAUACUAAAAACUUUCUGGGUUAAGCCUCUUACUAUUUGACACUCAUUUUACUUUCAUUGGGAUUGUAUAUUGUGUGUUGUUUGUGUACUUCUGACACAAAAUCACGGAUGAGUACAGUGCUUACAUGUGUGUAUCAGUUGUCGAU